AUGGCUGACGCCCCGUUCGUGUUCCUGCCUCUCGGCGCCAUCAUCCAGUCCAUCAACGUCGGUGGCAUCAACAUCGUCCAGGGUUUCCCCUCCGCCGCCGAGUACCAGAGCCACAACAGCCCGUACUUUGGCGAGACCAUUGGCCGUGUCGCCAACCGCAUCGCGGGCGCCAAGAUCAACUCCAUCAACGGCGGCAAGUCGUACCCCCUGGCCGCCAACAACGGCACCAACAACCUGCACGGUGGCAACGUCGGCUGGGGCAAGAAGAUCUGGAACGGCCCCAAGCCCGUCGGUAUUCGUCCGAUUCCCGGGCUCGACGGGCUGGAGGGCGGCGAGAGCGUCGAGUUCACCCUGAGGAGCGAGGACGGCGAGGAGGGCUUCCCCGGUACCCUUGACGUCAAGGUCAUCUACACCACAGCCACGCAAAAGGUCAAUGGAAAGACCGCUUACGUUCUUGGCAUCGAGUACGAGGCCGAGCUGGUCGACGGCGCCGACGAGACUGUCAUCAACAUGACCAACCACUCCUACUUCAACCUGAGCGGCGAGCCCACCAUCGAGGGCACCACCGUCGAGCUUGUCACUGACCAGCAUCUUCCCCUGGACGAGGCCGGUAUCCCCCUCCGGGGCCCCGAGGCUCCCUUCCCCGGCACCAAGGUCAACGCGCCCUUCACGCUGACCGCCACCGAGCCCAACAUCGACGACUGCUUCGUCGUCAAUGUCAAGUCCGAGACCGUCCCCAUCGACACCCGGUCGGAGCCCCUGACCAGGCUUGCUGCCGCCAGCCACCCCAAGACCAACAUCCACCUCGAGGUCUACAGCACCGAACCCGCCUUCCAGUUCUACACUGGCAAGCACAUCGAUGUGCCGGCUGUCGCUGGUGUCCCUGCUCGAAUCAACCGCAGCGGUUUCUGUGUUGAGCCCGGCCGCUACGUCAACGCCAUCAACGUCCCCGAGUGGAAGAACCAGGCGCUGCUCAAGAAGGGCGAGAAGUAUGGUUGCCGCACUGUUUACCGGGUCUGGCAGGAGUAA